GUGUGAGAUAAAAAGAUAUUUUUGUUGACUUACAGAUGAAAGGGACUUGAAAUCCGGCACCGCGCCAGCUUUGUUAAACGCAGCCCAUCUCGACGCAUCUCGACAAACGCUGCGCUACAUGCACACUUGCGGUGAGAUGUCCGAGUCGGCCCUCAGCCCGUAGAAAGCUUGUUGUCGGUUCGCAUCUGUCUGGGGUGACAUGUCACUGGCGGAUGUCGUAGCCCAGUGGUGGUGCAUGUCAGCGGACGGAAACUCGGUGGAGCCCGAGAAGAAAGCUCACGACCCUCAAAUUUAGCGGUGGACCGAUGACGUCGGAUUCUUUGGGGGCCCAGAACCCCGCCCAUCCAUUUCAUCAUGCUGCCAGGGCAUGGAUGGGAUGGGACAUGACAUGGGGGCAAUGGGCACGCACUGCGUCUCGCUCGGGAAGAAGUGGGUGUCGUUGGGCAGGCCCAUCGUCGUCUUUUCAAAGUGUUUAAUAUCCUGGCUGAAAAGACCCUCACCUGUCCAAAGUUUCAGAUCUCUCAGCACCUGCAACUCUCGUUCCCCUUACCCUUCCAGCUCCUCCAUGUGCGAGUCGGCGCAGCCACAACACCACACCAUUUUUCCAGUCCGGCAAGCUCCGGUCUAGAGACAGCGCUCUUCCCGCUGCUCUCUUUUUGGCUUCCACAUGCUCAUGUUCUGAGCGCGCUAUAUUUCUGGAACACACGGACUUCCGGACGUUCGAGCAAGUUUAUAUCUUCAAAUAGAGUCACGCCCCAGGCCUCCAACCGCACAAGAACAAGCUCUUCUCGAAACCAUCAGUUCCUCGAUUUGUGGAGAGUGAUCAGUGAUCAACAACCACCCCUUGCAGAGCCAAGCAAGUCUAGAAUCUGUAUGCCCCUUUGCCACCUCCCCUCUGGACCAUCUUCAGUACCAGUCGAACCUCGCGACGUCGCCGUCAAAACAGCUUCCCGACCUAUUGGCAACCUGAGAGAGGGCAGAUUUCGGAUCAAGGGCCGGCCAUCACCACCACCCGUUCCGGAUGUCGACAAGACGACUAGCAAAGAGAAUCACGAGAAGAAAAUGUGCGGCACUUCGAUAUCCUACGCCUGCUCGACGACCUUGAUCUCCAAGUCGAUCACCUGCUCCUGCGACACCAUCAAGGCUUACGGCAAAAGCACCUUGUUCUGCGGCACCUGCUCCAAUCCCCGGUGCAGAGAGUUGAGGGGAGAGGUUGCCCAGGCCUCGACGCAGGUUUCAAGCUCUGCCUGA